AUGCUAAAAGUUUGCAAACUUUCUCGAGAAGUUUUUCUUUUGGAUGUUGUUGCCGCAGAGGUAAAGCCAGGCGUCACGACAGAUUACUUGGACAAAGUCUGCCACAAGGCGUGUCUGGGGAGAAAUUCUUAUUUCUCCCCGCUUAACUACAGGAACUUUCUGAAGUCCCUUUACACUUUGCCCAACGAUAUUGUCUGCCACGGUAUCCCAGACCACAGAGUCAUGCUCAACGGCGACAUUCUCAGCCUCGACAUUUCCAUCCAUCAAGGCUUCUACCUUGCAGAUUUGAAGGAGACGUACUAUGUUGGCGACAAAGCCAAAGCCGCUCCAGAAAAUUUGCGCCUCAUCGAGAUGACGCGUCAGUGCCUAAAAGCUGCCAUGGAGAUUGUCAGACCUGGCUUGCCCAUUCGAGAGUUUGGCGAGGUCAUUGAGAAAAUGGCCACCGCACGAGGAUGCAGCGUAGUAUCCACGUGGUGUGGUCAUGGCAUCAACACCAACUCUCACCCAACCCCAUGGAUACCUCACUAA